AUGGCGAGUGGUGGGGGUGGUGGGGAGGAGGGAGGCGGAGAGCGCGGAUGUCCAGAGCCCGACGAGCCUUCGGAGCCGGGACGCGGCCCCGAGGGGGAGGCGACGACAGCGGCAGCAACUGCAGCAGCAGCGGCGGCGGUGGACGGCGGGGGCCGGCGCUGGGGAGCGCAGCACGCAGGGGCCCGCGAGCUGGCCCAGCUCUACUCCCCAGGCAAGCGGCUCCAAGAAUGGUGCUGUGUGAUCCUCUGCUUCUCCCUCAUCGCCUUCAAUCUGUGCCAUCUUCUGCGGCUUGCCAGUCUGGAGCACACACACCUUGUGCUGCUGGGAAUAUUUGCAGGGGCCCUUAUUGCUGACUUCCUGUCGGGGCUGGUACACUGGGGAGCCGAUACCUGGGGCUCUGUGGAACUGCCUGUGGUGGGAAAGGCUUUCAUCCGGCCCUUCCGGGAGCACCACAUUGACCCCACAGCCAUCACCCGGCAUGACUUUGUUGAGACCAAUGGGGACAACUGCCUGGUGACGCUGCUGCCUCUGGUGAACAUGGCCUACAAGUUCAGCACCCUAAGUCCUGAUGAACUUUAUCAGCUCUAUCCCUGGGAGUGUUUUGUCUUCUGCCUCAUCAUCUUUGGGACCUUCACCAACCAAAUUCACAAAUGGUCUCACACCUACGUUGGGCUUCCUCAAUGGGUCACUUUCCUCCAGGACUGGCACAUCAUCCUACCCCGAAAACACCAUCGAAUCCACCAUGUGUCCCCCCAUGAGACCUACUUCUGUAUUACCACAGGCUGGCUCAACUACCCAUUGGAGAAGAUGGGAUUCUGGAGACGGCUAGAGGAUAUUAUCCAAGGACUAACUGGAGAAAAGCCCAGAGCAGAUGAUAUGAAAUGGGCCCAGAAGAUAAAGUAGUCCCCAAAAGCUUUCCUAUGAGCUCUAACCUUGUUGUUGCCAACCUUUCCAAACAGCCUCCAUCCAUCCAUC